AUGGUUCACAUCGCUCAGAUCAAUUGGACUCAGAAAAGGGUCCAUCCCUUCCACCUGUUCCUCCCAUUCUAUACGAUGACGAUCAGGACUUACUUUACAAUGAUUAACCUGCCUGGAGCACUGCUAGGAUUGGUAUUCCUCCCCGCUGUUCCUGGACAUGUUCAAGAGAAGCCCACCUUCUGGCUUCACAGGGGGAUCUCGAUCUUGCCAGGGCUCGGAUGGCAUUCGUGGGUCGAGCACCGCAGACAUACUCCUCUCAUCGCAUUGUACAACUCCGUGGUCCUGGUCACUGUAAUCGCUCUAGCAGUCUUGCCUCUAUGCCAGAAUCUAGGAGGUCACUUCGCGCUAUAUUAUCUGAGUGGGGCAGGAGCUAAUAUUGCCGGUCUCUACUUUGCCUGGAUUAACGAGGUCAGUGAAAGCGAUGCAUCUUCUGAAACUCCUCUGCUACUUUGCCAAUCACGGAUCUGCGGGACCGAUGAUGAGAAACGUGCCCUGAUCCUGGCAAUGAGUAGUGAUGCGAGCUUCGUAUUAAAAUCUAUCGUGCCGAAUUUCAUACGGAAGCAUGUCGACUACCACAAAGCCACCAAAGGUCUAUGGUUCACCGCUGGUCUAUCGAUCUUCUUAAUGUUCAUAAUCGCAAGCGUCCGCUAUCUUUACGACAGGGAUAAGGUCUUGGCGAAUCUGGACACGAACGUGAACAAAGAUCAAGAGUUCGAAAGUCCAGGCGUAAUUGAGAAUUACGAUGAUCUUGACGUGAAAAGAUGA